AAUUAUGAGUCCAUAUUUACUAAGUUUUGUAACAAUCCCUAAUCUAAAAAAAAAAAAAAGAAAAAAGAAAAAGGGGCACAUCAAUGCUUAACGACCCGUAAUUUCGACCCGACCCGACCCGACCCGACCCGACAACGCAAUACCCUAAACCCUUCACCCGCUACACUGGCAAUGUCUUCUUCAUCACUUCCCUCUUUACCUCAUUUCAGUCCGAUCAAAAAAUGAAUACCAAAACGCCGUUGUUUUGGACCCGAAUACUCCGUAAUCAGCUCCGUUUCAUCACCACCAAACCACCACCACCACGUCCGCCGUAUUCCGCUGCCGGAACCGCCGGAGCAACAAAGUUACCCAAUUUCCGACACCCUUUUCCGCCGCAUUCAACCCCAACCCCUCGGUUCUUCUCAACUGCGUUCUCCAAUCGGGCGCCGUCGGCGGAAAGAAUAAUUCAAGAAUUGUUAUUCGAGGUAGAAAAGGAUAAACAAAGGGAAAGGGAAGAAAGAAAGAAGAAAGGAUUGGGUACAAGUGAUAUUGAUGAUGAGGAAAAUGAGGAUUCAAUGGGUGUUGGACCAUUAAUUGAGAAACUUGAGAAGAAGAAACUGAAAGAGGAGAAGUUUAGUUACUUUGAUGAGCCUACGGAUUCGGAUUCGGAUGAUGAUGAUGAGAGAUGGACUCCUGAUGCUAUUAAUAAAAGAUGGGAAGUUUUUGAUAAGAAGUUUAAAAGACAUGAAGAGCUUCUUAAGAACUUCACUGAUGCAGAAACACUUGAUGAUGCAUACAAAUGGAUGAACAGAAUUGACAAGUUUGAGCAAAAGCAUUUCCGGCUGAGACCGGAGUAUCGGGUGAUUGGGGAGCUCAUGAACCGCCUUAAAGUGUCUGAGGGUAAGGAAAAAUUUCUUCUGCAGCAGAAGUUGAAUAGGGCCAUGCGAAUGGUGCAGCGGAAGGAAGCUUAUGAUCCCAAUGACCCAGAGAAUUAUGGAAUCAUUCAACAUGAGCAGGUGGGACCCUCCGUAGAUCUUUUAGAACAUGCUGGAUUUGAAAAGGAAAAGGAGAUGAUUCAAGGAGGAGAUGACGAUGACGACAUGGAGUUUGAUGACAUGAAAGAGAAGGAUGAUAUAUUGUUAGAGAAGCUCAAUGCCAUUGACAGGAAACUUGAAGAAAAACUGGCUGAAUUAGACCACACCUUUGGGAAAAAGGGUAAGCUUUUAGAAGAAGAAAUCAGAGAUCUUGCUGAAGAGAGGAACUCGUUGACAGAGAAGAAAAGAAGACCUAUGUACAGAAAAGGUUUUGAUGUGAAACUCAUUGAUGUCAAUAGGACAUGUAAGGUUACUAAGGGGGGACAAGUUGUCAAGUAUACUGCUUUGUUGGCUUGCGGGAACUAUCAUGGAGUCGUUGGUUUUGCAAAAGCAAAAGGUCCAGCUAUUCCCAUUGCCCUGCAAAAGGCAUAUGAGAAAUGCUUCCAGAACCUACAUUAUGUUGAACGACAUGAGGAGCAUACAAUUUCACAUGCAGUUCAAACAAACUACAAAAAGACCAAGGUAUAUCUGUGGCCUGCUCCUACUCAAACAGGGAUGAAAGCAGGUAGAACUGUCCAAACAAUCUUGCAUUUAGCCGGUUUUAGGAAUGUGAAAUCGAAGGUGGUUGGCUCAAGGAACCCACAUAACACAGUUAAGGCUCUUUUCAAAGCUCUAAAUGCGAUUGAGACACCCAAGGAUGUUGAAGAAAAGUUUGGUCGAACUGUUGUCGAGUCAUACUUAUUGUAAUAGGCAUCCUCAACAUUUCGGUGGUGUUUCUUGGCACCUUUUUCAUUUCGCAGAGCAUAAACCCAGAUGUCGAAGACACAAGGGCAUUAAUGGACGAUUGCCUGUAUUUUUCAUAAGCCAGUUAACUUAUUUCUACCUUUCCCUUUGGUUUGUUGUAGUGUUACAAAUUAGAUUAUAAUUGCUAACAGAGCAUAUUAGGAUUAUAAUUGCUAGCAGAGCAUAUUAGGAUUUUUUUUUCCCUCCAAUUUCAGUCUCAGUUACUCCACACGAUUGAAUAGCCAAUUCUCCUUCAAAUUUCAAUCCGUCUAUUCGAUUGUUUUCCAA